UAAUGGAAACCCUGAUGAGUUCUUCUUCUUCUCCAGCUUCUUCACUCCUUCUCCGAAGUAGUAAGAACAGAUCAUUUUCAUCUGCAAAAUCAACUCCUCUUCUCUCGACUAGUAAUAAACCUGAGUUUGUUAGUUUGUUUCCUGCUUCUCAUCAGAAACGUAGUAAUUACAACAAUGUCGAUGUAUCUCAUUCGAUUUCACCACAAUUUAAAGCUAUUAUUAUUGGAUCAGUUUCUUGCAGAUCUACUUCCUGUGAAUCCUCUUUUUAUCCCCAGAGCAAUGCUGCAAACACUGAAAUUCCAUCUCAAGAAUCGUUCCAAUCGAAGACGGUCAAAGUGAGAUUUCAACUGAUGCAGGAGUGUUCGUAUGGUAAAGAAUUUCUAGUCGUUGGCGAUGAUCCGAUCUUGGGUGCUUGGGACCCUUCAAGUGCGAUACCAUUAAAAUGGUCGGAAGGAAACCUCUGGAAAGCUCAACUUGAUGUGCCGACUGAUAAAAUAAUCCAGUUUAAAUUCAUACUCAAAGAUCCAAAAACAGGAGAGAUUAUAUGGGAUCCUCGCCCAAACAGAGUUUUUCGAACAUGGUAA